AAAUCAACCUCAAUCAUCUGCAAUCCACAAUUAUGCCUCUUCCGUUUUGUAGAAAACAUAACAUGCAAGACCGAAUGCUAUCAAAAAUUAUAAAUACAAGCAUUCAUAAAAUGUCAUUGGUAUAGGGCCUUUUAGUCAAUUCAACCAAACCGGCCCUGGAUAUAGACCUUCGUUCUACUUAACACAAGGAGAGACGCAUCCAUCUCUUCAGAAAAAUGGAGAGCCACAGCCAAAUCCUCAGAAUUUGCUUCCUUUUUCCUUCACUUGGUUCCAUUCCAUAGUUUUGUCAUCAAGGAAGAAGACUCCUCGUUUCCUCCGUUCCUUCUCUUUUGCUUUCUGAAGCCUUUUUCUCCUUCUGUUAGACAUCAUCUUCCAUCCGUUCAUUGAUUCCUUCACCCAUUCAGUUUGGUUUCAACAUCCUCACCAACUUUUGCAAUGGGGAAGUCAUCUUCUCUUCUUUUUCUCUUCCUCUAUUCCCUUCUCCCUUGCCUCUCUCCAUUCCAUAUUGAGCUUGUUGAUGCCUUCGGGACUCCCGAUGGAUCAGAGGAGUGGGGCUACGUUCAAGUUCGCCCGAAAGCCCACGUGUUCUGGUGGCUAUACCGGAGUCCGCAAAGAGGCGACCGUGCCUCGAAGCCAUGGCCGACAGUACUAUGGCUCCAGGGUGGACCUGGAGCUUCGGGUGUCGGGAUUGGAAACUUCCAGGAGAUUGGGCCAUUGGAUACCGAUCUGAAGCCACGGAAUUCGACAUGGCUGCAGAAAGCUGAUCUCCUUUUUGUGGACAACCCGGUUGGGACCGGAUACAGUUUUGUGGAGGACAAACAAGCUCUGGUGAAGACUGAUUGGGAGGCAGCAACCGACUUAACUACCCUUCUCAAGAAGCUCUACAAUAAGAAUGGAAGAUUGCAGAGGAGCCCGCUCUACAUUGUAGCAGAGUCUUAUGGUGGGAAGUUUGCCGCCACCCUCGGCAUAUCAGUCGCCAAAGCCAUUAAGGCUGGAGAAUUGAAACUUACAUUUGGAGGGGUUGCUCUGGGAGAUAGCUGGAUUUCGCCAGAAGAUUUUGUGUUCUCAUGGGGACCUCUGCUAUUGGAUGUGUCGAGGCUCGAUUUUAUCGGCGCAAACAAAUCAAACAGUUUAGCUGAGAAGAUUAGGCAACAACUAGCAACAGGGCAGUAUGGGGAGGCCACAGAAACAUGGAGCGAUCUGGAGAGAGUGAUCAUCUCGAGCAGUAAUGGUGUUGAUUUUUAUAAUUUCUUGCUGGAUUCCAAAGACGAUCCUCUCUCUACAAUGGCAGUGGCAUCAUCAAAUAACUUGGUAACAUCUAAGAAAUUAGCCAUGAAGAAGAGUUACUCAAUGUACCUCGGUUCCAAGGCUUCCUCUUCUGGUAGUCUUGAUGAUCUCAUGAAUGGAAUAAUUAAAAAGAAGCUAAAGAUAAUCCCCAAGGAUGUAAGUUGGGGUGGGCAGGCUGGUGAUGUCUUUGAGUUUCUGGUGAAUGAUUUCAUGAAACCCAGGAUUAACGAGGUUGAUGAGCUCCUGUCUCUGGGAGUCAAUGUCACUAUCUAUAAUGGACAGGUUGAUCUGAUUUGUGCAACCAAGGGCACCGAGGCGUGGGUUCGAAAGCUCAAAUGGGAGGGGAUGAAGGAUUUCAACAACUUGGAGCGAAAGCCUUUGUACUGCAAUGAUGAUGGUGCUACUAGAGGCUUUGUGAAGUCCUAUAAGAAUUUACAUUUCUACUGGAUCUUGGGCGCAGGACAUUUUGUACCAGUCGACCAACCUUGCAUUGCAUUAAAGAUGCUGAGUUAUAUUACUCAAUCUCCUGCAGCUUUUUCUCCGUAGAUAAAGAAAUCAAGAAGAAAUCCAUUGUCAAUAAAAGAAUUAGUUUUUCUCAGAAAUUCAUUGUCAAUAAAAGCACAAUGACUGGAAGAAAAUUGGGUACUAUCUUUGUCUUAGCAAUUGGAAUUGUUUAACAUUAUAAAGGAGAGAGAAAGGAGCAUGUGUUUGACU